GAGUGAUAAUCCGUCUCCUGCACCAAGUGCUAUGACUGACAUGGACGUGCCAGGGUGUUUCGGGGGAUUGUUGCACCCUUUCCGCAAGAUCCUCCGGCCCAAGCCGAAGUGGCAAGAGGUUCAAGUUCCCACCGCCGGCGAAGAUACACUCCAACAGCCUGUGGAUACCAAACGUGCCGACCUUCAGAACGGCCCAGCGCCCCAUUAUCUCUCUUGCUGUGAAUUUGGCUAUGGAUUUGACCAUGACAACUUGUCGAUUCUGGACCAGCCCCCUUCGUACACGCCAAAGGAGAGGUCCGCAUAUCGGUCCGAUGUGUCGACCACUAUCGACAGCAUAAUUGACCGAUUGAAUCCGGACCUCCGCGAACUGAGCCUUCAGAUCCAUGAUCACCCGGAAAUCAUGUUCCAGGAGAAAUAUGCGCACGACACCCUGACGGCAUUUAUGGCUGACCACGGGUUUGCGGUGACCGAACAUUACCUGGGCCUUGAGACCGCUUGGAAAGCCGAGUGGUCGAACGGCACCGGUGGCCGUGUCCUGGGGAUUAACUCCGAGAUGGACGCCCUGCCUGAGAUCGGACACGCCUGUGGGCACAACUUAAUCGCCAUAGCUGGCGUGGGUGUUGCCCUCGCGAUCAAGCACGCCAUGCAGAAGCACGACGUCUCUGGUAAGAUAGUGCUUCUGGGUACACCCGCUGAGGAGGGAGGCGGUGGGAAGGUAAUAUUACUCGAGCGCGGCGGCUACGACGAGAUGGAUGCGUGCUUGAUGUGUCACCCGAGCCCAGGUCCCAAGUGCUCCGCGGCGAUAAGUUCCUCUCUAUCUAUGCAGCCGAUAGAAGUGGAAUACUUCGGACAUCCCGCGCAUGCAGCCGCGUUUCCCUGGGAAGGCACGAACGCCCUGGAUGCCGCCGUCCUGGCGUACUCUGCGGUCUCCGUCCUGAGGCAGCAAAUGAAACCCGACUAUCGUGUGCAUGGCGUCAUCAAGGGGGGAGAUCUAGCGGCCAAUGUUAUCCCAGACUACGUGAAAAUGGUGUGGGGCGUGCGGACGCCGACGAAGGCGGAGCUGGAGGUCCUGAGAGAUCGGGUCAAAGCCUGCCUGGAAUCAGCCGCCGUAGCCACCGGUUGCAGAGUUAAACUAACCCUCGGGCGGCCUUAUUAUGACUUACGGAUGAAUAACGUCCUCGGCCGCGAGUUCGAGAACGCCAUGCUGCAGCAUAACUUCCAGACCAUGUCGGACGCGGGCGCCGCGAGGGCCUCGACGGAUUUCGGAAACGUUAGCUAUGCGCUGCCGUCGCUUCAUCCGCACUACGCGAUCCCGACCGAGCCAAACGGCGGCAACCACACGGCAGCAUUCACAGCGUCCGCACGAACCCCCGAGGCACACGCAGCAACCCUGACCGUGGCCAAGGGACUCGCCAUGACCGGCUUCCGCGUCCUCGACGACGCCGACUUUUACGCUCAAGUCAAGCAAGACUUUGACGACAUGAAAGCACAGUAG